AUGUUUUUCAAAGUUUUGUUUUUUUGGAUUUUUCAAAUAAGACAUUUUGAAGAAGAAGGACUCGACCCAAAUCGGGAACUUACCUCCACCGAAAGAGUAAAAGUGCGGAAGAGUCAGAUUCAACCAAUGGAAAUCAAAAGCACCAGUGAUAAGGGCAAACGGGAUGACAAGUCAUCAAAUUCAGCAUGCUCAAAUGACAAGCAGAGAACCAUUUCAUAUACAAAUGCCAACAUUCAAUGGAGACAUUCUAAACUAUUAAGAGUUUCGUGA